GGGACUCUGACCUGCUCAGUGCAACAAUAGUUACGUUGGCGGGUUCCGUUGGAAUUCAGCAGCAGGUGCAACGCAAAAUGCAGUGCUCUUGAUAGAUAACUCUAGAAUUAGAAUCCCGAGAGAGAGUGAUCUGGAAAAGCUAAGACACCCCAUAAGAUCCUUCUAUGAAUGACGUCUCCUGUACUCGAAAAUCGAUACCCCCGCCAACCCUUAGUACAUCGUAGAUGGCGCUGACGCCUUCACCUCCAUGAAUAAGCCUCCAGCCACGCCAGUCUAUUUAGGGGAUCAAGUCAUCAGGGAGUUCCGAUUGGAGACUGAAUUCUGCAAAAGAAGUUCUCUGAGUCAAGAUGCACCUACUUUAUCCAAUUUUGUUGUCGUCAUUUGUUGUUUUCAACUGCGCGGCUUUGAAUGCUGAACAAACUUCUAAAGCCACCACCGAAGGUGUCAAAUACUCUAGCGAGUAUCCUGAAUUCGAGACGAGCGUACAGAAAGCGUUAUCAUGGCUGAUCACACAGAGGGAGCUCGACUGGAGUUGGAGAAACGACACCGCCAAGGUCUUGACAGCCCUCAGGUUGGCAGCUAUGCAGGAUGACCUCAAUCCCAUUCUUCCCAAUCAACUUGAGGUCGAACUCUCCGCUAAACAGUUGGAGAUCGAAAUCGUCAUACUUCUUUGGAGACAUAGGGAGAUACCCAUAACCCCUCCUAAGUUAGCACAGUACGCUCUAGCUAUCAGCUCUCUGUGUAAAGACCCAAGAGAAUUCCAUGGACACGAUCUCAUCAGUACCUUACUACACCAUGAACCAGUCCAUGACUUGGAGUUUGCCUACGCCAGCUUAGCAGCUUGUAGCGCCAAGUCACAUGUCAGGAAGAAGCAAAUCAGGAGAUUACUGGACAUUGCCAAUACUGCUAAAGACCACAACAUUGAUACGGUUGCCAUGACGAUUCUGGCGCUGCGCUGUAUAGUCAAGGACCACAGGCAUAGGAAUCUCCAGCAUUCUUUGCGGCGUCCAUCGAUCAGUCUAGCCAGACAGCAGCACAGUGAUGGUGGCUUUGGAAACAUAUAUAACACGGCUAUCACGAUGCAGGCUCUCCAAGAAGUACCAGAAAGUAACUCCAACUGGAACAGAACAGCAGCAAGAGCCUACAUAGAAAGUAGACAAGAUCCUGAUGGUGCUUUCACAGAUCCAGGACUCACUGCAGAUGCACUCAUGGCUCUGUUGGGAAAGGGACUGGGAGCUAUAAGAACCUUAGAUUGUGGAAGACUCGAUCCAGAUUUCGACAAUCACGUUGAUAUUGAUCUGACCAAGUCUCUGUCAACUCAUGGGAACGAUUCGGAAAUUAGGAAUGUCACAGUGACGUACACCCUUUGGGUAGGCUCCAACAUCACCGAGAACUCUACCAUCGCAAUAACAGCUCCCAGGAAUACGUCUUUCUACAACGUCAUGCAGAUGGCUAUGGAACAAGAUCCACAUUUCACAUUUGAAGCAUCCGAAUGGCCUAAUGGUCAUUAUGUUCACACUUUGGCUGGUUACAAAGAAGAACCAAUGGGAUAUCAUUAUUGGUUAUUAUACAGGCUGCCUGAGGUACCAGACCCUAGUGCUCCUCCAGCCAAUCAAUUGGUGGCUCCAGUUGGUGUAGACGAGCUUCUGAUAGAAGAAGGCGACCACUACCUCUUCUGGUACAAGAAACUAUAAAUAGGAUAAGUGCGGGCCUGACGAGGAUCAUUUUAAAAUGCGAAACGUUGUUGUGUGAAAUGCGUAUUUUGAUGACUGCAACAUGACUGCUAAACCUUUCAACCUACUACCUUAAUCGUAGGCUUCUAGAUUUUUGUAACUUGUAUCAUCUUUCCAAGCAAUUACUCGGAAGUUCGAAUGCCUUCUUUUAGUGACCUGAUGGCGGUUAUUCGUGGAAGAGAAACGUGGUAAAGCUUUCCAGGCCCUGUGGGGUGGGCCAUCUCAAGAAUAGUCCCACAGUAUUCUCUGCUUGUCGUAAAAGGCGACUAAAAGGGAACUUCAAACCUUAGUUUUCUUCAACUAUAUUUUUUGAGAUUCUCAAGAUGCUUUCAGAUUUACCUUUUUUCUACCUCGCAAACCCCUCUGCGACUUCGAAUCAAUGGAGAUAAUAGCGUUUUCUCUCUAAACCACCGGAGUAACCGAUUCCACAGUUUUCUCAUUCGAAAUUCGCAUUCUAAGGCUUAUUGAUAUCGAUACUUUCAAAAGGCUCAUUGAUCGAACUUAGUACUCAGGGGGGUUCGGGGUUGCGUUUGAGCCCCCAGUAGCUACUGCGAUAAAGCCAAUUUACUACCUCAAACCGGUUAAAUUCACAUCUCAGGUGAUCCAUUUUUUUUCAUUUCCAAAUCGCAUUGAAAUUAAAUAAAUUGAAAAUUUGAAAAUGAACACUUUCGAAAAAGGCAAACUUGGGGAGAAUUCAAAUUUGAAAUGUCCUGCAAAAAUAAAUAAUCAAAUAAUCAAAAAUGGAGGUUAAUAAGAAAAUGAUAGAGAAAUUACGUAUAAAAACUGAUUUCUAGCUUCUGAAAAAAUUUAAAUUACAAUGUCAACAAAAUUGGUCCCAUAUUGCAUCCGGUCAUCACAACGUAUGAAAAUUUCUUGAAGAUCAAGGUCAUACCGGUCAUAAAAGAAGAACAAAACAGAAUUCUACAUCUUGAAUUAUUUUCCGAAACAGAAUGAUUGAAGAGACUAUUCGACACGCCACCAGUCUGAUAUUCUUGUGAUAAAAAAAAUCUAUUACUAUUGAAUUUGAUUUCCAUCUUUCAAAUCAUUUGGAUUAUGAAAAAUAAACAAUAAGAUUAAAUCUAAUUCACCACGUAACCAACAUGAAAUCUCAAAAUUCGAUUUGAACUCAGUUUCAGUCGAUAGUGCUUCCUAAGAUUCAAUCGCCGAAUUAUAAAAAAUGAAGAUCUUACAAAAAUAAUCCUAAUUUCCUAAUAUCUAACUCUAAUCGUCACAAAAUUUUCAAUUUGGGAAUCAAUUAAGACCAGUUUAGGGUGUAAUAAUAUAAUGGAUAACUCGAUUCGAUCCUUUAAAUCCUUGAAUAUCACGAAGAAAUUGUAAUAUUCGAACUAAUAUUCAAAACAAACCCAAUAUAUAAAAUAGGUACAUUCAACUCAAAAAAUCUCAACUCAAAUUGACAAAAAUCAUAUUUUCUUCUGAUUAACUACCUAAAUUGAUCCACAUUACUAUUGAGAUUAUUGGUGAGAUCUGGGUGAAUCUUAGAUCAAAACAUUGAGAAUUUCAGCCUGAUACCAUUUCAAAUACAAAAAGAAGUCUAGACUAAAACAGUUCCCAGCUGAUAAAACCAUAUUCAGGAAUAGAAAUGUGCUAAUGAGCUGAAAUUUUUUGUAUGAAUGGAAAACAACAACAACAAAUGGAUAAUCCCAACUCAACCAUCACAGAAAAAUACAGCGAUACGAUUGGAAAAAAAAAUUACUUACCACCAGUUGUAGGAACGUUAGUUUAAAUUUAAUACGUCAUUAAAAUCUUUUAGCACCUUUUAGUGAUGGGUUAAAAUUUUAUUGAACGUUCCUGCAACUGGGUGUUAACCUAGAAUUUAAAGUUUCAAUUAAUUUUUUAAGACUUCAGGAAUUAGCUAAUUAAAUUGGCUGUGAGUUUGUGUGUGACAUAAAAUUACCAUUUUUCUUCGAGAAUGUUUUCUAUUUGUGAAUGAAUGAAUAAAAAAAUUAACGCACAACAGCAAACUUCAGAACGCACAAAAUUCCUCCGAAAAUUCAUCUUUUUCGUUUAUUUACGAAAUUAUCGUCAAUUUUCAUGGGAGAUACGACUCAGAAACAAGCACGCAAUAUUGACCUUUUAUUUUAACGUGGAGUGAUUAGUAACGCACAAAAUCGGAGGAUAACCGUUUUUUUUUAUGAAUCGCAUUCUGUGGUCCUGACACUGAAAAUAAAAAAAAACGUUUUCAGGGUUGUUAUGAGAAAGAAGACAACGUUUUCUUCGGAUAUUCUCCGUGUCUUUCCACAGAAUUACAAAAUUUUGCGAAAUCGGGAGUUGGAAAAGUCCAAGCUUUUAACCGUAGUCUUUUUUGGAGUUUCACCUAGAUACGGUAGGCAUCUUCAGAUGUUUCCAGGUCGCUAUUUAUGACUCUGUCCUUGGAAUGCUACGAACUGACGACUUACGAACAGAAUUUAUAGUUUGCCGCUAAAUCCAUGAAUGGGAGCAGGAUAAGCAGUCACAAUUCUUGUUUUUUUGGUCCGAGUGCACUGUCCCCACGCGUGCUCGAAUCAAAGAGAUGAGAAGUGUGGAAGGUGAACAUUUAAAUUUCGUUCCUAUCGUCAAUUCGGUUCAUUCCAGCAUUAAAUGACGCCCUAGAAAUAAUGAAAUAUGUUUACCGUAGAUGGAUGCGAACAAGCGUUUCAAGCAGAUAAGGUACGAAACGGUCCCAUCAAAAAACUGCACAUAACUUCGACCCCGUCAGGAGUCUCGGGCCGCCCUUGGAUGCGAAACGUAAGUUGAAAAACUACUACGACUAAAGAGUCUAGAAUUUUUCAACUCUGUUGAACAAAAGGGCCGUGAAGCCUUCAGCUUCACACCCUUAAAGUGAGAAAAGCAUGAAUGAAACAAAAUUCGAAAAAUUUACAAUUAUCUAAAAACCAUCAUGUUCACAAAAACUUCCAGAAAAUUAAAUUGAAAAGACUAACGCACAAUCCAAUACCAAAAUUGCUAUUGAAAUCCUCGAAAAACAAACUGAAAUUCGAAUGAUUGUUGGUGGAAUCACGCACAAAAUUUGUUCUCUCUCCCCUAUGAAACAACCCGGAAAUUCUAGAACUUUCACUGUGCAUUUUUUUAAAUUGACCAUCUUCCUUGCAGCGAAAGUACUUCAAAACACCAUCACACAUAUCAGCCCUUCCUAUCAACAGAAAACUCACGACAAUAAUUUUCUCACAUAUCAAGAUUAGAUUUGAAUUUUGACGAGAAAUGAAAGAGACGUGCACGUCUUUCAUUUCUCAACAUCCGCUUUUUUUUAAGUUUCAAGAAUUAAUUACACGUUUAAAAUAUAUCAGGAAGCUCAAUUUUUGAAUUUAGGUAGCCAAAUCUCAUCGAAAAUUAUCAAAAUUCCAUCUUUCUCAUAUCAUUUUAUAAGUAGAGAGUAUGUUCAGAUGGUCAAUUGAAAGAAAUGUAUUUGAAAGCAUCCACCUUUCCGUAAGUAAUUCGAUAGCAAACUGAAAGGAGAAGAUUCACCCAGAAACAAUAAUUAUAAAUUAACGAGAUCGAAUCGAAAAUCGAUUCAAAUCGACGUACUUCAAAAAAUCGGAGGUAAACUUACUAAAACUCAAAAUUGAACUAAAAAAAUUAAGGAGUAACAGAGAAAUACAAAUUAAUAACAUAAAAAGACCUUGGAAGCUAGAGAUUUUUCUUGAAAGUACUGUGGGAAAAAAUAUAAAUUGCAAAAAAAUGGAUCCUCGUAUUCGAACUGUUCAGAUUUUCAAAAUUUUGCUAAUUUGUAUAAUUGAAACAAAGGUUUCGAAAUUAAUGGUGACCAUCUGGGGGCAUUUGUAGCUAUAAUUUCUUCGUUUACAUUUAUUUCAAUUUUUUUCAAGUAAAUCUACUUUCUUUUUAUUUCAUUUCAACGUUUAGGUUGAAACGACAAGGAAAGGUGCCAAAAGAGAGAAUGAUCGUUGAGAGAGUGCUCAACUUCUUCUAUCAUUCUUUCCAAGGACUAUCCUGGACUUCUAACGCAAACAAUUGAAAAGAACAUUGAAAAAUGAAAUCGAAAAACAAGAAAAAAAAAGAUAAAACAAUAAAAAUAAAAAAAAAACAUAAAACAAAAAAAAAACCAAAAAAAAAAAAACUGAGUCUUCAGACGGACACUAGGCCUUGUGUAAUGACUAAUGAAUAUAUACAAAGAUAUACAUUCAGAGAAGGCAUUGUCGACAUCAACGUGUCAGCGCUACUAAAUGUACUAUAAAAAAUUCGGAUUGUGGUUGUUUAUAAAAGGCGCAUUAAAAGACAAUACUUUUAAAUAUUUUGUUUUGUCUGUACUUUUAUAUUUACCUUAGCUUAGAGUGUAUGAUUUCCAAGAUGGAUACCUGUUAAAAUAUGGCAAGACUGUUGAUAAUGUUUUAUUUUUGUUAUGUCAGCUUGAUGAUAUUAUAAUGGGAAUAAGACAUAAUAAAUGCUUUUUUUCGUUUUA